GACAUUUUGAGCGUGUGUGUCGAGCGAAGCAACGACAACGUGACUCUAGACCGAGAGAAGUGAAUGUCUUGGGGGAAUUCGAAGACGGCAAAGUUAGCGAGGAUGAUUUAUUGACAUUUUCAGUAGAGUCAAAUAACGAGGGCAGCUCAAAGAAUGACUGGCAUGUCCAGCUUAAGUUUGGAAAAACGGAUUUGAAUUUUAAAUUAGAUACGGGGGCAGAUUGUAAUGUGAUUUCGCAAUCGUCGUUUGAGCAAUUGUCACUAACAAAUACAAGAAUUUUCAAAAAUAAGAGCAAGUUGAAGAUGUUCGAUGGCCGUAAGAUAACUCCGAAAGGAAAAGUCAGCUUAGAGUGCGAGUAUAAAGGCAAAUUUACCGUGUUAGACUUUGUACUAGUUGAACAAGAUCUACCAUCGAUUUUAGGAUUAAAAUCCUGUCUAGAACUCGGGUUGGUAAAGCGAGUUUAUAGCUUGGAAGUGGACCCACCGAAGAUCGAAACAGAAUUCAGUGACGUUUUCGAAGGUCUGGGAGAGAUUAAAGAUGUUCAGUACCAGAUUAAGAUUGAUCCGGUGUCCAUUCCAGUGGUGCAUCCUCCUCGAAGAGUUACUAUGGCCCUCCGAAAGCCACUAGAAGAAGAGUUGCGUCGAAUGGAGAAGUUGGGGGUUAUUGAGAAAAAGAAUGAACCCACCGCUUGGGUACAUAGUUUAGUCAUUGCCAGAAAAGCAAAUAAUAAAAUUCGAGUCUGCAUGGAUCCUAGCGAUUUAAAUAAAGUGGUUAUGCGAGAGCAUUUUCCUAUGCAGACCGUUGAAGAAGUUGUCAGCAGAAUGCCCAAUGCCAAAGUGUUUAGUGUUCUUGAUGCCAACCAUGGUUUCUGGCAGGUGAAAUUGGCCAAUGAAAGCAGUAACUUAGCCACGUUUAAUACUCCAUUUGGAAGGUAUAGUUAUAAACGAUUACCGUUUGGAAUAGCUUCUGCUCCGGAAGUAUUUCAGAGUAUUAUGUCGAAUAUGUUUUCAGAUAUAGAAGGAGUCGAAGUUAUCGUGGACGAUUUGGUGGUCUGGGGAGAAGACGUGACGAAACAUGACGAACGACUUCGUUUGGUCUUAGAACGCUGUCGAGAUAAAAAACCUUAA